CGAAGGAGACAGUGUGCCAGAGCUGCGGAGAGAAGUGACAAUGCUCUAGCGGAGAAGCGUUUGAGCACCCAGCUUCUGCGUGAGCGGGGGUAGCGCCACCGAAUUACACAAGGAAACGGGCACACGAAAAUGUGCACCAAUCACGCAUCGUGCCGACACUGAGUGAACUCAAUCUGAUGAAACCCAACCUGAACACGUCGAAGAUGUUUUCCGUGCUCGAUAAAAGAAAGCCGUCGACGCCCAGCCCAGCCAUGACGGAUCCUCCGCCGAAAAGGAGAUCUUCGGGAUUUUUGCGCUCGUUGAUGUAUGAUUCGAAAGACGCUCUCUUCGCGCCGUUCCACCCGUCCAGACGGAAAAGUUCUUCGGCGAGUGAAGCUAGUUCGAAGGAAAAAGGGACUCAAACAAAAUUAACGGAUGUCUGCCAGUUCAAUGGCACCUUGGGAGGAUCAUCGGCAACGUUCUUCAGCCAGCGAUAUCCUGCCUACGCCCAGCGGAAACGGCGGAGUUCUCGAGCAAGAUCAGACCCAUCGACGAGAUCUCUCACAAAUCUCUCCACGCUCAGUGGACUGGCUCCGAACAAUCCACACAGCCGGAAUAACGUCGGAGCUCCACCGCAGAGCUUCACACUGCCGGCAAGGCUGGAGCCAUCGCUGCUCAGUCCUGACUGGCACAGCCAUAGCGUGCCUCUAAGGCGGUCGCCAAGCUCUGCCUUCUCGGCACCAUCAGGUCCAGGAGCGUUCCAGCGUCUGACUUCGACAUCGUCCUGUCCCUCUGAAGCUGAAAGGUUCUCGGUCUGGCAUUUCCUCGUAGACCCGCUCGUUGAGGAGCUCAUGAAAUAUCCCUGGGGCAAGGACUCUUUGUGGCUGAUGGCUUUCGUCGUGCUCGCCAGCUCUUUAGUCCUCGUCGGUUACGUAAUCACUACGGUCCUCCCGACCAUGCUCCUGGCAGUGGCGAUCGCAGUCAUCAAGUCGUUGAUAUUCAAUCACCAAGAAACUGUAGCACACCUCAAGCAAUUGACCCAGUCGGCGCGCUCGUCUGUUUUCACCCAAGAAUUUAUGGAUUCUCUGAGAUCGUCUUCUCUCGAAGCCGUGAAUCGAAUGCUCCAGCUCGUCUUACCCCCAGCCCUUCCGAAAACGUGACGAAAGCCGUCCGACAAGGAGAUAUUCA